UUGUUACUUACAAUUUAUUUUUUCAGCAAAAAUAUGGAGUGGUUGAACGGGAAUGACCCAAAAAUACCGAACUUCAAUGACCUCAAUGAGACAAGGAACCUUUGCGAGGAGAGAAUCGCGGACUAUUUCCAGGAUGCAAUUAUUCUGGUGACGGGAGGCACCGGCUUCGUGGGGAAAGCGCUUCUGGAGAAGCUUUUGAGGAGUUGUCCCGGGAUUGAUACCAUUUAUAUCCUAAUGAGACCCAAACGUGGUCUUUCCGUAGAACAGAGGUAUAAGGAACUUUUGAAAAAUCAGGUAUUCGACCACAUACGAACAAGAUGGCCUGAUCGUCUAUCCAAGCUUUAUCCCAUAACUGGUGAUGUAUCAGCCCCGAAUCUUGGCGUCAGUGCUGAACAGCAGCAAUUGUUGAACAAAUGCCACACCGUAUUCCAUUCUGCUGCAACUGUGAGAUUUACUGAUCCAUUGCAUGCUGCUGCCGCCCUUAACGUGCAAGGAACGGCUAGCUUGCUGCAAUUGGCUGAGGAUAUGCCUUUUCUUAAGGCCCUGGUUCACGUGUCCACCGCAUAUAGCAACGCUCCACGCAGCCACAUCGAAGAAAGGGUUUACGCCCCGCCAUACGACCCCGAGAGCAUCGUCAGAUGCACUAAGAUGCUACCAGCUGAAACCGUGGAAGUUAUUGCUGAAUCUUUACAGGGUGAACAUCCAAACCCAUACACCCUAACGAAGGCUCUGGCGGAGUCUAUCGUAUAUAGUCACACGAAUCUCCCCGUCUGCAUAGUACGUCCUUCCAUUGUGACAGCUGCGUACCAAGAACCAUUUCCAGGAUGGAUUGACAACAUCUAUGGAGUGACAGGUAUUAUAAUGGAGAUUUCCCGAGGGACCUAUCGUUCUGGUUACUGCCGUGAGCGAUAUGUCGUCGACUUGGUGCCUGUAGACAUGGUGGUUAAUAGCUGCAUCCUAGCAGCUUGGAGGCAGGGCAGCAAGAAACCUGGUCGUUGUCCAGUGUACAAUGUAACGUCUGGAUCCAUUAAUCCAUUACAAUGGGGACAUUUCACCAAACUCUGCGUGAAAUGGGCGAGAGAGAAUCCCACCAAAUAUGUCAUGUGGUAUCCAAAUUUUGCGUUCACGGAAUCUCGUGUUAUGAAUACAUUUUGGGAAAUUUCUUGUCACUUCUUACCGGCUUUCUUGUAUGAUUUACUGCUGCGGGCCCAAGGAAGGAAGGCUAUAAUGAUGAAACUGGCACGUCGUUUCAAAAUGGCGGCUGCGACUGGCGAAUAUUUCGCCAAUCACGAGUGGCAGUUCAGUGUGUCAGAAUUGACAGCCCUCCACGAUGAAGCCAGUGUUGCCAGUGACGCGGGCGCGUUCUCCCACUGGCCGGGGCAUUUCAACUGGGAGUCGUACAUCGGUUCAUAUAUGUUGGGAAUUCGGAGAUUCAUUCUCAAGGACGGCACUGAAUCUUUGCCACAAGCAAGGAAUAAACUAAAGAGGUAUUAUAUAAUUCAUUUCAAACCAUAG